CUUCUACCUCCGUGCAACCUCUGUGUUUUCUGUGGCUUCUUCGCCUCUGUAUCCUGUGACUGCAGUGGCAAUCAUGGACAGGAAUGUCACCAGUGACACCGUGGAAGUGCUACCCCAGCACAAGUUCGACGUCAGGUCCCUGGAGACCUACCUGAACCAGCAUUUGCCUGGCUUUGGGGCAGUUCCCCGGGCUGUGCUGACCGUAACUCAAUACAGAUCUGGACAGUCCAAUCCAACCUUUUUCCUCCAGAAAGGAUCUCAAGCCUAUGUUCUGAGGAAGAAACCACCGGGCUCUCUUCUUCCCAAGGCACAUAAGAUUGAUAGAGAAUUCAAAGUUCAGAAAGCCUUGUCUGCCAUUGGAUUCCCUGUCCCCAAGCCUCUACUGUACUGCAGCAAUGCUGCUGUCAUCGGAACGGAAUUUUAUGUGAUGGAGCAUGUACAGGGUCGCAUCUUUCGUGACUUUUCAAUCCCUGGAGUUAGCCCAGCAGAACGUGCAGCUAUAUAUGUGUCUGCAAUAGAAACCUUAGCGUGGCUACAUUCACUGAACGUAAAGUCACUGCAGCUAGAUGGAUAUGGCAUUGGAGUCGGGUACUGCAAAAGACAGGUAUCCACCUGGACAAAGCAAUACCUGGCUUCGGCCCAUCAGGACAUCCCUGCCAUGGACCGACUCUCCAAGUGGCUAAUGGAGAACUUGCCAGAUAAUGACAACGAGGAGUGCCUGAUUCAUGGAGACUUCAAGCUGGAUAACAUAGUUUUCCACCCCAAAGAGAGUCGGGUUAUAGCGGUGCUGGACUGGGAGCUUUCGACCUUCGGCCACCCUUUGUCCGACUUGGCCCAUCUGUCCUUGUUUUACUUUUGGCCUAGGACACUGCCCAUGAUAAAUGGAGGCUCUCACAUUCAAGAGAACACAGGAAUACCAUUGAUGGAAGAGCUGAUUUCGAUAUAUUGCCGUCGCAGGGGAAUUGACCCUGAUCUUCCUAACUGGAAUUUCUUUAUGGCCCUUUCUUUUUUUAAGUUGGCUGGGAUAGCACAGGGAGUCUAUAGUAGAUACCUCUUGGGAAACAACUCAUCUGAGGACAGCUUUCUGACUGCCAAUACUGUGCAGCCCCUGGCGGAAACUGGAAUUCAGCUCUCAAAAAGAGCUUUCAGAACUGUACUGCCACAGGUUGACCCUAAAAACCAGUUGUUUGCACAGACCAGGAGAGGCCAGGAAGUUCUUGCUAAAGUGAAGCAGUUCAUGAGACAGCACAUCUUUCCUGCUGAAAAGGAAGUAGCAGAAUACUAUGCUCAAAACGAAAACUCAGUGGAAAAGUGGAAACACCCCUUAGUGAUUGAAAAACUAAAGGAAAUGGCCAAGGCAGAAGGCCUGUGGAAUAUGUUCUUGCCAGCUGUGAGUGGUCUCAGCCAGCUGGACUAUGCCUUGAUUGCCGAAGAGACCGGAAAAUGUUUUUUUGCUCCAGAUGUUUUUAACUGCCAAGCACCAGACACGGGCAACAUGGAGGUAUUGCACAUGUAUGGCAGCGAACAACAGAAGCAGCAGUGGCUAGAGCCCCUCCUUCGUGGGGACAUCACCUCUUCAUUCUGUAUGACAGAGCCCAAUGUCUCAUCAAGCGAUGCCACAAACAUGGAGUGCAGCAUCCAGCGAGAUGGAGAUAGCUAUAUAGUUAAUGGCAAGAAGUGGUGGAGCAGCGGAGCUGGGAACCCCAAGUGUAAAAUUGCAAUUGUUUUGGGAAGAACAGAAGCUGCUUCUCUAUCCAGACACAAACAGCACAGCAUGAUUCUUGUUCCAAUGGACACACCUGGAGUAGAGAUGAUAAGGCCUCUGUCCGUGUUUGGCUACAUGGAUAAUAUACAUGGUGGGCACUGGGAGAUCCAUUUUAAUCAUGUGCGAGUUCCUGCUACCAAUUUAAUACUGGGUGAAGGCAGGGGGUUUGAAAUUUCCCAAGGCCGCCUUGGACCUGGAAGAAUCCACCACUGCAUGAGAUCCGUGGGUCUGGCAGAGCGCAUCCUGCAGAUCAUGUGUGAGCGGGCAAUGCAGAGGGAGGCCUUCAAGAAGAAGUUGUACGAACAUGAGGUUGUGGCCCACUGGAUCGCUGAAAGCCGCAUAGCCAUUGAGGAGAUCCGCUUGCUCACCCUGAAAGCAGCACACAGCAUAGAUACCUUGGGCAGUGCUGCCGCCAGGAAGGAGAUUGCAAUGAUCAAAGUGGCUGCCCCAAAAGCCGUCUGCAAAAUAGCUGAUCGGGCCAUCCAGGUGCACGGAGGGGCAGGCGUUUCCCAGGAUUUCCCUCUGGCUAACAUGUAUGCGAUAAUACGCACCCUGCGCCUAGCAGAUGGACCUGACGAAGUCCACCUCUCUUCAGUUGCCAAAAUGGAGCUUCAGGAGCAGGCCAAACAGCUGAUGGCCAGAAUGUGAGGGAGCAGCCCUGACCGGUCCCACGGCUGCAGAGGCUUGAGCACUCUUAAUCAGCUCCAAAACUUAGCUCUUCCAUUUCUGCAGUAGUUUGAGUACAUGGCUAAUUCUUCACCUGUGGGUAAAGAUUUUAGCAUCUAUUUUGAUUAUUGAGUUUUGUGAUGUUAAGGAUCACACAGAUGUGAGGUAAUUAGGAAAUCCUAAGCUGUCAUCGUUGGGUCUAGUGUCUAAUGCUUUUAGCGUUUGCUCUACACACUUGUGGCCUGUGACUGUCUAGGUGGCGCUGGGAAUGGCAGAGCUAUUGCUCGGUCAUCAGCAUGAAGAGCUCUUUGCCUUGACUUCCAGGACCCAUGCCAUGCGAAUGGACACCCCAGGCCCCUUUCAUCCUG